AUUCAUAAUCAUAUUCCAUUCACUUCACCGCAAUACAUCUUGAACGAUAUCGCUUAGCUGAGCGGCAACUUCCAAGUCUUUAUAAAAUGUCGACUCCCAUCAAUUACCGGUUAUUCGCUCAUUCCUGCACUAACCAUAACAUUCUUAACCCCAGAUUACUACACUUAAAAAUAGAUAAGACCCACUUCCGUUCAUUGACUACUAGGGCUAGGGUCUCCCCCAUACGAACUCAAAAUUUCGAUCACUUCAACUACUUCUACCAUUUCUCAAGAAAAAGGUGUAGGCCGGCCUGAUAUCUUGAUAGACACGUUCCUCUCCUACCAAUUCAAUCGAAACGAAACUAGCUAUCAUACUGAAUAACUAGACGUAGUCUACUCAACCAUGACCGUCCCAAUCGAGACUUCGAUCGAGACCCCCCCUCUAGCACCAUCCCCUGUCCACGGCUUCGGAACCCUUGCCGUACACGCUGGUGCCCCUCACGAUCCCACAACCGGAGCCGUUAUCGAGCCUAUCUCUCUAUCGACCACCUUCGAACAGUCCGCUGCCGGAAAGCCUAUCGGCGCGUAUGAAUACUCGCGUAGCUCCAAUCCCAACCGGGAUAACUUCGAGCGGGCCGUAGCCGCACUAGAGAAUGCUAAAUACGCGCUUGCGUUUGGCAGCGGGAGCGCUGCAACCGCUACCAUUCUCCAAAGUCUAGCUUCAGGCUCCCACGUCAUAAGCGUCAGCGACGUAUACGGCGGCACCCAUCGAUAUUUCACUCGCGUGGCGAAGGCCCAUGGCGUUCAUGUCACUUUCACCCCGCAGAUCGAAGUCGAUAUAGCCGAGCACAUUCGAGAUAACACGAAACUGGUCUGGAUCGAGUCACCUAGCAAUCCUACGUUACGACUCGUCGAUAUCAGAGCUGUUGCUACGGCAGCUCACGCACGGGGUGUCCAGGUCGUGGUUGACAAUACUUUUUUGAGCCCUUAUAUCCAGAACCCCCUCGACCACGGCGCCGACAUCGUGGUUCACAGUGUCACCAAGUACAUCAAUGGACACAGCGACGUUGUUAUGGGAGUAGCGGCAUUUAACUCGGAAGAAUUGCGUGAGCGCUUGGCCUUCCUUCAAAAUGCUGGUGGCGCUGUUCCCUCAGCUUUCGACUCCUGGCUUGCCCACCGUGGUGUCAAGACAUUGCAUCUACGAGCGAGGCAAGCGAGUACCAAUGCCACAGCCGUGGCAAAAGCCCUAGAAGCUAGCCCGCAUGUAAUCGCUGUCAACUAUCCUGGUUUAGACUCUCAUCCGCAUCGACAAAUUGCCCUGAAACAACACCGCGAUGGUAUGGGAGGUGGCAUGGUUUCGUUCCGUCUCAAGGGAGGACACGCCGCGGCUGAGCGAUUCUGCCAAUUGACCAAGAUCUUCACGCUAGCUGAGAGUCUUGGCGGUAUCGAGAGCUUGGUCGAAGUACCGAGCGUGAUGACUCACGCCGGCAUUCCUCGAGACCAGCGAGAAGCCGUGGGUGUUUUCGAUGAUCUUGUCCGCGUCAGCUGCGGUAUCGAAGAGCCCGAGGACUUGGUUCACGACGUGCAGCAGGCGUUAGAGAGGGCGGUUAAGGAGACGGCUCAUUCGAGUAACGGCGUUAACGGUCUCAAUGGGCACAGUCAAAAAUAGACACAAAAAAUAAAUACGGUGGUCUGAGCAAUUAGACAUAGAUAUAGCAUCACGACAGAGUACGAUCUUGAUUUUGGUGUUUUGAGGCGUCGGGUUUAUACGGGUAGCAUGAGGUACGACAGCUCAGACCCAUAGAGGAAUUGGGAGUUGGUAGCAUGCGGUGUGGUGCGGGUUUAUAUUGGUAUUAGACAACCACUCAAUGGAAAUUUGCAUAUAUCGUAUAGAAAAGCCAACAUUUUCAGCUUGCUUCUUAGUGUGAGCCGCUUAUAGAACUUAAGCGCCUGAAGCCGAUUGAGGAUCGAAACUAAAUAUACCUAUCUUGAGUUGACGACUCUUUCUCCUAUCUUGAAAC